AUGGCUAGACACAGUGGCGAACGCAAGGCAGCCAGCCAACCGUUGAAGAUAAUCAUCGUCGGAGCAGGUUUUGCGGGAAUAUGUGCAGCAGUAGAGUGUAGAUUGCGUGGAAUGGAGGUGAUUUUGAUUGAGAAGUUCACAAACUCCAACCAAUAUGGAGAUAUAAUCGACUUCAUGCCAAAUGCUGGCAGAACAAUUGCAAGCUGGGAUAACGGAAGAGUAGCAAAGGAUAUUCUCAAACGUUGUGUUACCAAAGCAGAAUGCUUCAAAAUGUGUACUGCAGACGGUGUACCAUUCUUUGACGAGCCAUGGUUUGCUGACCCUUCUCACGAUGGGUACAUGUUUGCAGGUCACAGGGGUGAGAUGUGGCAAAUAAUUCUCGACUACGCUGUGUCUGUGGGUGUAAUCUUCCGCGUAGGUCGUGGGGUGGAGCAGUAUCUGGAAGAAGAAGACAAAGCGGGGGUACGCCUCGCUGGAGGAGAGGAGAUCUGGGGAGAUUGUGUACUUGCUGCCGACGGACCAAAGUCUAUUGCGAGGCAACAAGUGCUGCAUCUGCCAGAUCAUUCAGCAUCCAGUGGUUAUGCAAUCUACCGAGCAUACUUUCACGCCACCCCCGAAAUGGCAGCCAAUCCCUUGCUCGCCGAGUUCCUUCGACCAGACGUUGAUACAGUCAAAGUAUGGCUGGGAAAAGACGCCCAUAUGAUCGGGUAUGGAUGGAAUGGGGGCAAGGAUAUCGUUUGGGUCAUGACCCAUAAAGAUACUCACGACAUCAAAGAGUCUUGGUCCUUUCCAGGCGACAAGAAAGAAGCAUUAAGCUACAUCAGCGACUUCAGCGACCAAUGCAAGGCUAUAUGCGAAGCUACUCCUGAGCAGCAGCUUACCGACUACAAACUCAUCUGGAGAGAUCACCUAGAUUGCUGGCGCAGUGACAACGGCUUGACGAUGCUGAUUGGUGACGCGGCCCAUUGUCAUCUUCCGACAUCUGCUCAGGGUGGUUCGCAGGCGAUUGAAGACGCCCAAGUCGCAGCUAUAUGUCUUCAGCGCUGUGGAGGCGAUGUACGGCUCGCAUUAAAAGUGACGGAACGCAUUCGAUACAGUCGAUCAAAGGCAACUCACGAGUGGGGCCGCACACUCCGAGAUGCUUGGCACAAUAAUGUUGAUGCCGCACUGCAAGUUGAAAACGGUGGAGAAGAUAUCUCCAAUGUUCGAAGGCCUUGGGUGACAGACUUGGAUGUCGCUGCUCAUGCAGAGGAACACUUUGAACACUUGGCAGAAGAUGUCCGAAACGGUCGUCAAGGUACGAUAGAGGAAUUAGCAUUGCCGGCAGGUGGGAAUUUUCUAUAG